UUAACAGAUUUGGGUCCUUCAUCAGGAUCCUUCCAUCUCAAGCUGCAAAUGCCAUUGUCCACAGAAGUCUCCCUCUCAUCCUUUCCAGCGAAAGCCAAAGCCUUAGACAUGAGACUCAAGACCUGGGAACCCAGCCCAUGCCAGUUUUUUUCUCAAUGUCUUCCUCACCUCUACUUCCAAAGUCUACAGAAUUUCUAAGAUAACCUUGAAAACACCUCUGCUAAUCAGUAGGUGCCCUUCGGUUAAGUCUUUGGAACAAGCCAGGACCAGUUCUUCUCCACUUACUUCUCCCAGCUCCAUUUCCAGAGUCCUCUGUUUCUAAGAGCAAAGACAAUGAAUAAAUCUUUGGGGUUGGUGGCUUUUGAUGAUGUGGUUGUGGCCUUCACCUGGGAAGAGUGGCAGCACCUGGAUGACGAGCAGAGGAGCCUCUACAGGGACGUGAUGCUGGAAACCUACAGUCACCUGGAGUCACUGGGACAUUCAUUCAUCAAACCUGAAAUGAUCAUCAAGUUGGAGCAAAGAACAGAGCCAUGGAUGGUGGAUCUUCCAAAACAGAGACAUUCAGAUACUCAACCUAAGCAUGACUUGAUUGAGCAUAUUCAAAGAAGUCAGUAUAGACAACUUUGUCAAGAUAAAAUCACCAAGCAAAAAGAAACAAUAGAUGAGAGAAAUAAUUUCAACAUUACUUUUAACUUUAGAUCUAUCGAUGUAUCAGAAGUGAUGAUAAAUAGCGAAAACUGUUCAUUCAUGAUACCUGCAAAGUAUGAUGUAUAUACGAAGUUUCUGACAAUUGAUCCUGAUGAGAUCCACCCUAUAAAGAAAGUUGAGGACCACAAGACAUUCUAUAAAAUCACUAAUAUCACCAAAUGUCCAGAUAUUCAUUCUGGUGUAAAACCUUACGAAUAUCAGAGAGAAAGCCAAUUUUCAGUCCUCGGUCUACACCAAAGAUUGCACAUUAUAGAGAAAAUAUAUGAAUGCAGUGAAUGGGAAAAAAGCUCCCAAACACAGAAAUUUAUUGACCAUCAAGGAUUCCACACGAGAGAGAAACUGUAUGAAAGUAAUGAAUGUAGGAAAAUAUUCUCAAAGAAUAUCACUCAACAUGAGAGUAUUCACAGAGGAGUGAAAUCCUAUGAAUGUAAAGAAUGUAAGAAAAUAUUCUCAAGGAAGUCACACUUCACUCAACAUAAGAGAAUUCACACAGGAGAAAAACCAUAUGAAUGUAAAGAGUGUAAAAGACUAUUCUCAAGGAAGUCACACCUCACUCAACAUGAGAGUAUUCACACAGGAGUGAAACCCUAUGUAUGUAAAAAAUGUAGGAAAAUGUUUUCGAGGAAGUCACAUCUCAUUCAACAUGAGAAAAUUCACAUAGGAGAGAAACUGUAUGAGUGUACUGAUUGUAGGGAAAUAUUCUCAAGAAAGUCACACCUCACUCAACAUAAAAGAAUUCACAUGGGAGAGAAGACCUUUGAGUGUAAUGAAUGUGGGAAACCUUUCUCAAGGAAAUCAGAUCUUACUAAACAUGAGAGAAAUCACCCAGAAGAGAAACCCUAUAUGUGUAAAGAAUGCAGAAAAACUUUCUCACGGAAGUCAAGCCUCACUGAACAUGAAAGAAUUCACACAGGAGAGAAACUAUAUGAAUGUAAAGAAUGUAGCAAAACAUUCCCAUGGAAGUCAAGUCUCACUCAACAUGAGAGAAUUCACACAGGAGAGAAACUUUAUGAAUGUAAAGAAUGUAGCAAAACAUUUUCGUGGAAAUCAAGUCUCACUCAACAUGAGAGAAUUCACACAGGAGAGAAGCCCUAUGAAUGUAAAGAAUGUGGGAAAACUUUCUCAAAGAAGUCACUCCUCACUCAGCAUGAGAGAAUUCACACAGGAGAGAAGCCCUACGAAUGUAAAGAAUGUGGGAAAACCUUCUACAGAAAGAAUGGUCUCGUUCUACAUCGCAGUUUUCACCUGGUAGAGAAACCUUUUGAGUGCAAACAAUGUAGGAAGACUUUUGCAUGUAAGUCACGACUCACUGAUCAUGAGAGAAUGCACACAAGAAAGAGACCAUUUGAAUGUAAAGAGUGUAGGAAAAGUUUCCUAUGGAAGUCAUGCCUCACUCAGCAUGAGAGAAUUCACACAGGAGAGAAACCAUUUGAAUGUAAAGAAUGUAGGAAAACCUUCACACAGAAGUCAAAUCUUACAGAGCAUGAAAGAAUUCACACAGGAGAAAGACCUUAUGAAUGUAAAGAUUGUAGGAAAACUUUCUCCUGGAAAUCAGGCCUCACUCACCAUGAGAGAAUUCACAGGAGAGAAAACCUCUGAAUGUAAAUUAUGCAGGAAGUCAAGCUUCACUAACCAUGAAAAUUCACAUUGGAGAGAAAUACUAUGAUGUAAGAAAAUUUGUCCUUAAGUA